AUGGAUUUUGACGUCCUCCACAGCAUUCCCCUUGUGACGAGGUCGUUGUUGCUGCUGUCAAUAGCCUCUGUGAUGCUGGUGACUUUUGGUGUGAUUCACCCGGUAGAAAUCUUAUUUAGCCCUUUGCUCGUGUUCCAGGAGAAACAGUACUGGCGACUGAUUACCAACUUUUUCUACUUUGGUCAACUUGACCUGAGCAGCAUUUUUGAACUUCACUGGCUAUGCAUAGUAAGUAGCAGCAUCGAGGUGCAAUACUUUCGGAGGAGGAAAAUAGACUACUGCCUCACUCUUUUGCUGGCGAUAUUGUCUCUGCUGCUUUUUAGAAUAUUUCGCGUUGUGGACACUCCCUAUUUAAGCUUUUCACUUUGCAACGCCUUAGCGUACCUUUUCGCUCGCCUGCUUCCGGAUCUGGAAGUAGGCAUUUUUUUCUUGAUAACGAUUCCAGUGCGACUUCUGCCGAUUUUUUUUCUUGUUAUGGCUCUUAUCUUUGACAGGCAUCGAGGCAUUCGACUAAUAAUGGUGGAACACCUUGUUGGACACAUUCUUUGGUACUUCCUUGAGAUUUUUCCUCGUAUUACAGGGUGGCAUUUGUUGCGGUUGCAGGAGCACCUUAUGCGGUAG